UCACAUUGCACUACUGCAUCAUCUAAACCAUGGCUAGUCAUAGAGUUGUUAGUGUUUCUUUCUUGGUGCUGCUGACUGUAGGCAUAUGUUCAGCCACCAGAGCUCUCCUGACUCUCCAGGUAGCAUCUGGUGCCGGCUCUGGAUCUGGCUCGGGCUAUGGAGCUGGCGGAGGUGCCGCUGGUGGCGGUGGGGGAGGUAGUGGUGGCGGUGGUGGUGCCGGCUACGGUGCAGGUGGAGAGCAUGGUGGUGGAUACGGAGGCGGAAGUGGCAGCGGGAGUGGUGCUGGCUAUGGUGCCGGAGGUGAACAUGGCGGCGGCUUUGGUGGCGGUGGUGGUAGUGGCGGCGGUGGGGGUGCCGGCUAUGGUGCAGGAGGAGAACAUGGUGGCGGCUACGGAAGCGGCAGCGGUGGCGGCAGCGGCGGCGGCGCUGGCUAUGGUGCCGGAGGCGAGCAUGGUGGAGGUUAUGGCGGCGGCGGCGGUAGUGGCAGCGGUGGCGGUGGAGGUUCUGCUGCUGGUGCGAGUGGUGGAGGUUAUGGCAGCGGUGGAGGUGCUGGCGGUGGCGCUGGGUAUGGUGCUGGCGGGGGGGAAGGUGGGGGCCAUGGUGGCGGUGGUGGGAGUGGCGGGGGCGGUGGAUAUGGUGCAGGAGGGGGGAAUGGAGCUGGAUAUGGAAGUGGUGGUGGUGCGGGCUACGGAGCUGGAGGUGCUCAUAGUGUGUACUUUCCUAUACCACCCUUCCAAUGCACUUCCACACCAAGCCCUUUGGUUUUGGCUCUCAACAUGGCUAGCCAUAGGGUUUUUAGUGUUGCUUUCUUGGUGUUGUUGGGUGUGGGUGUAUGUUCAGCUGCUAGAGUCCUCCUCACUCUUGAGCCUGGCUAUGGUCUAGGCCAUGGCAUUGGCAGUGGUUCGGGAUAUGGAGGUGGCGGCGGGGGUGGCUCUGGAGCUGGGUAUGGUGCUGUAGGAGAGCAUGGAAGUGGUUAUGGUGGUGGAGGCGGUGGCGGUAGCGGUAGUGGUGGCGGCAUUGGCUAUGGAACUGGAGGGGAACAUGGGGGUGGCUAUGGCGGCGGCGCCGGUAGUGGUGGUGGUGCUGGCUAUGGUGCUGGAGGAGAACAUGGUAGCGGGUACGGUGGUGGAGGCGGCAGUGGUAGUGGCGGUGGUGCUGGUUAUGGUGCAGGGGUAGAACAUGGUGGUGGCUAUGGUACUGGUGGUGGUGCUGGCGGUGGCAGCGGGUAUGGUGCUGGUGGAGAACAUGGUGGUGGAUAUGGUGGUGGCGGAGGCAGCGGCAGCGGUGGCGGGACUGGGUAUGGUGCUGGAGGAGAACAUGGAGGUGGGUAUGGUAGCGGUGGAGGAGCUGGCAGUGGUGCUGGCUCCGGUGCUGGGGGAGAGCAUGGUGGCGGCUACGGUGCCGGUGGAGGCACUGGGGGUGGUGCAGGCUAUGGAGCUGGUGGAGAACAUGGUAGCGGCUAUGGCAGCGGUGGCGGAACUGGUGGCGGUGCUGGCUACGGAGCUGGUGGAGAACAUGGUGGUGGCUAUGGCAGCGGCGGUGGUACUGGCGGCGGUGCUGGCUAUGGAGCAGGUGGAGAACAUGGUGGCGGUUAUGGCAGUGGUGGUGGUACUGGAGGCGGUGCUGGCUAUGGAGCUGGUGGAGAACAUGGUGGUGGCUAUGGCAGCGGUGGAGGUACUGGCGGUGGCACUGGCUAUGGAGCUGGUGGAGAACAUGGCGGCGGCUAUGGCGGCGGUAGCGGUACUGGCGGUGGUGCUGGCUAUGGAGCUGGUGGAGAACAUGGUGGUGGCUAUGGCAGCGGUGGCGGUUCUGGCGGCGGUGCUGGCUAUGGAGCUGGUGGAGAACAUGGUGGUGGCUAUGGCAGCGGUGGCGGUUCUGGCGGCGGUGCUGGCUAUGGAGCUGGUGGGGAACAUGGUGGCGGAUAUGGUGGAGGCGGCGGUACUGGCAGUGGCGCAGGCUACGGAGCUGGUGGGGCACAUGGUGUUGGAUAUGGCACUGGUGGAGGCUCGGGCGGAGGCACUGGCUACGGAGCUGGUGGGGCACAUGGUGGUGGAUACGGCACUGGUGGAGGCUCGGGCGGAGGCACUGGCUACGGAGCUGGAGGCACACAUGGGGAUGGAUACGGUAGUGGUGGUGGCAGCGGUAGUGGCGCAGGGUAUGGUGCAGGAGGAGAGCAUGGAGGUGGUUACGGCAGUGGCGGGGGCGCUGGAAGUGGGUAUGGUGGUGGCCGUGGUGGCUAUGCUCCCUAAGAAGAAUAUUAGUAGUAAUAUAUGCCAUGCUAGUAAGCCUAUAAUCUAAGCUCAGUAGGAAGUGUCUUGAAUAUGAUGCUGCAUUGUAUUUGCAUGGAAAGAAAGAUCUUGCAUUGUUUCUAUCUUGUGUUGAUUGGACGGUUGUGAUGGAGUUUAUCUUAUUCCAAGUGUUUUUCGUUUC